GCUGCAGCCGCUUUCCUCGGGGCUCCCGCCGCGGGUACCUCUCACUCCACGCUGGUUUCACCCGUCCGCCCCCUGCCACUGUCCCGCCUGCACUCCUCCAGCCCACAGAGCCCCCUCCCCAAGCUCAGCCCUGGGGCGCAGAGCCCCUGCGUGGGCAGACACCGCCCAGGGGGCUGAGGCUCCCCUCUGCUCCCCCGCCCCGGGUCCCAAGCCCAGGAGGGACUGGACGCACCCAGCGCUGUGGUGGGACGGUGAGGCCAGGCGAUGGGGUUCCUCGGGAGAGCAGCCCCUUCAUGCACAGCGUGGACGAGGACUCGGAGAGCGGCUUUGAAGGGAGAAACAUGGCGCUCUUUGAGGAGGAGAUGGACAGCAACCCCAUGGUCUCCUCCCUGCUCAACAAGCUGGCCAACUACACCAACCUGAGCCAGGGCGUGGUGGAGCAUGAGGAAGCCGAGGAGAGCCGGCGGCGCGAGGCCAAGAGCCCGCGCAUGGGCACCUUCAUCGGCGUCUACCUGCCCUGCCUGCAGAACAUCCUGGGCGUGAUCCUCUUCCUGCGCCUGACGUGGGUUGUGGGGGCAGCCGGCGUCCUCGAGUCCCUCCUCAUCGUGUUUAUGUGCUGCACCUGUACGAUGCUGACCACCAUCUCCAUGAGCGCCAUUGCAACCAACGGCGUGGUCCCAGCCGGUGGCUCGUACUACAUGAUAUCAAGAUCUCUGGGGCCUGAGUUCGGAGGGGCCGUGGGCCUCUGCUUCUACCUGGGCACGACGUUCGCAGGGGCCAUGUAUAUUUUGGGGACCAUUGAGAUCUUUUUGACCUACAUCUCCCCCGGCGCAGCUGUCGUCCAGGCUGAGAUGGCCGGCAGCGAGGACGCGGCCGUGCUGCACAACAUGCGCGUGUACGGGACAUGCGCACUGGCCCUAAUGGCCGUGGUGGUCUUCGUGGGUGUCAAGUAUGUCAACAAGCUGGCCCUGGUGUUCCUGGCCUGUGUGGUGCUGUCCAUCCUCGCCAUCUACGCUGGUGUCAUCAAGACUGCCUUUGGCCCUCCGGACAUCCCGGUCUGCCUGCUGGGGAAUCGCACACUGUCAAGACGCAGCUUCGAUGUCUGUGCCAAAGUCCACAAUGCCAGCAAUGGCACGGUGACCACCAUGCUCUGGGGCCUCUUCUGCAACAGCUCCUUGCCUGGCGCCACCUGCGACGAGUACUUUGCUCAGAACAACGUCACAGAGAUCCAGGGCAUUCCUGGUGUGGCCAGUGGUGUCCUGCUGGAUAACCUGUGGAGUGCCUAUGCGGACAAGGGGGCAUUUGUGGAGAAGGGGGGCGUGCCCUCAGUGCCCGUGCCGGGUGACAGCAGAGCCAGCGGGCUGCCCUAUGUGCUCACUGACAUCAUGACCUACUUCACCAUGCUGGUCGGCAUCUACUUCCCCUCUGUGACCGGUAUCAUGGCCGGCUCAAACCGGUCUGGGGACCUCAAGGAUGCCCAGAAAUCAAUCCCCACAGGGACCAUCAUGGCCAUCGUGACCACAUCUUUUAUUUAUCUCUCCUGCAUUGUGCUGUUUGGGGCCUGCAUUGAAGGCGUGGUCUUGCGAGAUAAGUUCGGGGAGGCCCUGCAGGGGAAGCUCGUCAUCGGUAUGCUGGCCUGGCCAUCCCCCUGGGUCAUCGUCAUCGGCUCCUUCUUCUCAACCUGCGGCGCCGGCCUACAGAGCCUCACGGGGGCUCCACGCCUGCUGCAGGCCAUUGCCAGAGAUGGCAUCGUCCCCUUUCUGCAGGUGUUUGGCCACGGAAAGGCCAAUGGGGAGCCCACGUGGGCCCUCCUGCUCACAGUCCUCAUCUGCGAGGCCGGCAUCCUCAUCGCCUCCCUGGACAGCGUGGCCCCCAUCCUCUCCAUGUUUUUCCUCAUGUGCUACAUGUUUGUGAACCUGGCCUGCGCGGUGCAGACCCUGCUGCGCGCACCCAACUGGCGGCCACGCUUUAAGUACUACCACUGGGCGCUGUCCUUCCUGGGCAUGAGCCUGUGCCUGGCCCUGAUGUUCAUCUGCUCCUGGUACUACGCGCUCUUUGCCAUGCUCAUAGCGGGUUGCAUCUACAAGUACAUUGAGUACCGCGGGGCCGAGAAGGAGUGGGGAGAUGGCAUCAGGGGGCUGUCGUUGAAUGCCGCCCGCUACGCCCUGCUGCACGUGGAGCAUGGACCCCCCCACACCAAGAACUGGAGGCCGCAGGUGCUGGUGAUGCUGAGCCUGGACGAGGAGCAGGGCGUGAAGCACCCGCGCCUGCUGUCCUUCACCACGCAGCUCAAGGCCGGCAAGGGCCUGACCAUUGUGGGCUCCGUGCUGGAGGGCACCUUCCUGGACAAGCACGCGGAGGCCCAGCGGGCCGAGGAGAACAUUCGGUCUUUGAUGAGCAUGGAGAAGAUGAAGGGCUUCUGCCAGCUGGUGGUGUCCUGCACCCGGCGGGACGGCAUGUCCCACCUGAUCCAGUCGGCCGGCCUGGGGGGCAUGAGGCACAACACGGUGCUCAUGGCCUGGCCACAGUCCUGGAAGCAGGAGGACAACCCUUUCUCCUGGAAGAACUUCGUGGACACUGUGCGUGACACCACUGCGGCGCAGCAGGCCCUGCUAGUGGCCAAAAACGUGGACCUGUUUCCACAAAACCAGGAGCGCCUCGGCGAGGGGAACAUCGACGUAUGGUGGGUCGUGCACGACGGAGGCCUCCUCAUGCUGCUGCCCUUCCUGCUGCGACAGCAUAAGGUGUGGAGGAAAUGCCGCAUGCGCAUCUUCACGGUGGCCCAGGAGGAUGACAACAGCAUCCAGAUGAAGAAGGACCUGCAGAUGUUCCUGUACCACCUCCGCAUCAGCGCCGAGGUGGAGGUGGUGGAGAUGGUGGAAAACGACAUCUCAGCAUUCACAUACGAGAAGACGCUGGUGAUGGAGCAGAGGUCCCAGAUGCUGAAGCAGAUGCAGCUGUCCAGGACUGAGCGGGAGAGAGAGGCUCAGCUAAUCCACGACCGGAACACCGCAUCCCAUUCUGCGGUGGCUGCCAGGACCCAGGCCCCAUCCUCGCCAGACAAGGUGCAGAUGACCUGGACCAAGGAAAAGCUCGCCGCUGAGAAGCACAAGAGCAGAGACCCUGGCAUGCCCGGGUUCAAAGGCCUCUUCAGCCUGAAGCCAGAAUGGGGAAGCCUGGACCAGGCCAACGUCCGGAGGAUGCACACGGCCGUAAAGCUCAAUGGGGUCGUCCUCAGCAAGUCCCAGGAAGCCCAGCUGGUCUUGCUGAACAUGCCAGGGCCCCCCAGAAACCGGCAGGGGGAUGAGAACUACAUGGAGUUCCUCGAGGUCCUGACUGAGGGGCUGAACAGGGUCCUUCUGGUCAGAGGCAGUGGCCGGGAGGUGAUCACCAUCUACUCCUAGUGUUCAGCCACACGGGGAGGGAGGCCUGGGGGCUGCGCCAUGGCAAACGCUGCCCAGUGGUCUCACCUGAUGGGGUGGCUUCCCACAAGUUUUUGGAAUGCUGUGGGGUCUCCUGUCCAGGCCAAGGGCCACACAUGAAAAGUUUUGUUGUGUCCAUGGGGAGAUGCAGAGGCCUUAGUGCCCAUGUGUUCCUGGGAGAGGUCGGGGUACCGGGCACAUUGUGCAGCCACGGCAGCAGAGGGAGGCAGGGAGGUAGGCCACGCGUCCACCUUUGCAUCCAGAGUCGCCUUUCCUUGGCGGCGCCCACCUGGCUUCCUCAGUGACAGUCCACCAACGCCCCCUCUGGGCCGCUUGCGGGAAGCCGCUCCCACUGGCGCUGUCCGCUGGGCUGCUGGGCCCAUUGAGGGAGGUAAGACAGCCUGUGGCUGGGGGCCCAGCAGUGCUUCCCUGCUGCUUUGUGACCUGCCUGCUGGAGUGUCUGUAAGUUAAGGCAGAGAAGAGCCAUCCACGCCUGUGCCCCCGGCCCCGCUGGGUUCCAGUCUGGUUCGUGCCCCAGGAAGCUGCCUGAGUGACGUGCCCCCAGAGAGGGCCCUGCCCAGCCUGGGCUGUCUGCAGCUGGGAUGCCAGCCCCAUCCCUUCAUGGGUACUGCGCUCCCAGCCACGGGCACAAGGUUGUUUCUGAGACGCAGAAACAGUAAAUGCCAAGAAUUCUCCGCACCUGCAGCACCGUGACCAGACUGUGUGGCUUGGGGUCUGAGGCACAGCGGCUCAUGAGGCCACGUCCUCGCCCACGCCCCUGGAGAGAGGGUGGGGCUCGGCACGGGAGGCACGGGUGCCAGCUCCAGGCCCUGGUUGUCCUGCUGAAGCCUGCAUGCCGCCUCCUGGUGGCCACAGGCGAGAUGCCCGUCCACCUUCACAGGCCUGCCCUUCGCCUCUCCUGGGUUUGAUUGUGCCUGUUGUUUGUCACGGUGAUUUUUCUGCCUCAUUUCCUGCAUGGCUUAUUUAUUUAUAACUCCCAGGGUUUCCGUGACAGUGAUGUUGCCCUGAGGGGCCCAGACACCAGGCCCCUUUCUUUCUCUGGCUUCAUGGACUCACUAGGGAAUCACCUGGUCCACGGAUUUCAAGUCAGGGCAAAGCUAAAUGUGAGCUUUGGAUGUUUCUGGAGUGCUGCCGGGCUGACCACCGGCCACGGUGUGUGCCAGGCAGCCAGGCUGGGGCCCUGGGGCCCUGCCCGUGUGGGUUCCACACGGAGUUAGGCAGUGACGUCCACCCACCUUGCACUGGGGCCUCUCCUGGUCCAGGGUCCCUGUACUGAGACUGGAGGGUAAGGUAUGGAAAACCACCCCUGUGCUGCGACUGACGCCUGGCCUGUGGCCUCAGCAUUCUGGAGUUGGGUGUGUGCCCUGUGGCACGGUCUGCGUGGACCCGAUGCGUCCUUCCCACACGACUCCAUGUAAAUACCACUGCAGCUGCUGCUUUUAGGAUUUAGUUCAUGUCCUCUCUAGGUUCCUAUCUUUGAUUUUAUCAGUAGAAGAAUAAAAUUCUGUGAAAUCAAGAA